AUGCCGCUCUCUGGUAUCUCUGCUUCUGCAGACCGCACACUUAGCCAGGACCAUUGUCCUUACGCACAGCUCCAUGGUUCCUGUUGUUGUCUGAGCCAAUUCGAACGCGCAGCAGCCCAAGCAGGAAAUGGUCGCUAUCGCACCGGUCAUCCCGCGGCGCAAGAACUGUCCGCGAGUCCCAACAUUGCAAUUAUUGAGUCCCAGUUGAUCUGGUUCAUGUCUGGGUUCGAUACUGCAGUAGCGACAUCCGCAAUUACCACCGUCCCCAUUGCAGCCAAUGUCGCAGCCAAGUUCGUGAUCGCGUACCAGUUCACCUUCCACUCGUUCAAUGGAACCCACCACUUGAUAUGGGAUACUGCCAACGGAACGUCGCUCCAGGAUGUCCUGAGACCUAGCACCGUGCCUGUGACUAUCCUUGCAGCUGUGUAG